GGGACGAGGGGUGCAGUUGAUUUUCGUAUUUUUUGACGCACAUGCACGACGUCUGCAAGAAAACGUUCAUAGGGUCGAACACAAAUGACACCCCAGGAUAAGAACAAGAGCCGUGUCUUACAAACUACGUCUACGGGCGUCGGCGUGCAGAAGAAGCUGAAAAGCUUUCACUUGAGGAGCAGAGAUAUUGCCUCGUCGUCCAAAAUCAAAAGCGACCUGCAAUACCCGCUUUUCAAAUAGGAGCCCGAAGGCUACGCCGACGAGGAUGUGGAUCCUGCGGUUGAGCCAAGAAUUCGACUUCGAUGUCGCGGGAGAGAACAUCACCUACGAUGACUACAGCCGCACAGGAACUUCAAGUAGCUCAACAAGCGGGAAUAGACAUUCAUCAGGCUCGUCUUCUUCUUCCUCCUCUUACGGAGACAACAGCACAACGACAGACGGAUCGUCCUCGACGAACAAGCUUCUCCCCAGCCCAGACGAACGAUGGCUGCGAAGGAACUCCUCGGAGACAUCAAGCGCCAGCAAGUCGCUCCAAGCGGCCAGCGUCCCACUCAUGACGACGAAGCGCACACACGAGGUGCAGGUCCCGGAACAUUGGCUGGGGAACUUGAUAGGAGGAAAUCAAAACAACUCUGGUUGCGCCGGACGAGCGACUGCAGUAUCAGACCACGCGGCUCCGAGACUAGGACCAGAACAACAUCCCACGGGCGAAAUUCUUGAUGCACCACCCAUCCCCACCACAACGCGGAAGCGCACCAUCGCCGCGUCGGUGUUUUACGGCACGGAUUCGCAGAAACAUGGAAACAAACCCGUGGUGGAAAGAGGGGUAGAGCCUGUGUGCUACUAUGUGACGGUCUACAACCAGGAAAGGGUUUGCGAAAUCAACUUUCCGCAGAACUCGCCGAGCAAGAAUGUUAUCAAUUGCGACACGUGCUUGCGGUUUCUCCAGUUUCUCGCGUUGACAGACAGUGCAGUGGUGAGUGUGACCGGGGACGAUGAUCGAGCUACAUCUUCCUCGUCUAGCAAGAAGUUGUUUUAUCACAAUGAGGUGGAGGAGGACCACCAACAUCUCCAUGAUGACCCCGCCUCGGCCCCGACAACGGCGUCGGACGCUGAUUCUCCGUUGAAUCAGGAAGAAGAUCUCCUGGCCGGUGACACACUAGCAGCUGCUCAAAAUCAGAUGCAAAUUAAUCCAGCGCUGCUUUCCCCAACCUCCUUCGCCCUCGGGUCAGCGAGAACGUGUAGUACCUCCGCGAGCACGGUGGAAAAGGCGUAUAUGUGCUCUUCUUCGGACAGACGUGCGGAACAAAGCGGUAGCUGCGCUGGUGGGCCGGACACUUCGCCAGAAUUGUUGUCGCGCACAUCAAGCAAGAGCCGGGUCCUCGUGCCCCACAGCGCACGAAGUUUUCGUGCAGCAGAUGCAUUAGCGCAAGUUUUUCACGACGAAGUAGGUGGUGCAUCUUCAACACCAGAGAACGACGGAUAUAAUUUUUCGCAAACCUCCACACUAACCGACUCGCAGCGGCGGUUGCGGCAGUUCGACAAAAGUCUUCUGCACGGCAAAUCCGACGACCUGAUGAACUGGCACUGCUUGAAAUGCGACAGCCGCCAGUUUUUCACCUCGAAAUUCAACGAAAAGGACAGCCGCCGCCGCAAUCCGGGCGGUGCGACCGCGGGAAUCACGGGGUCGAGCGCGGCCUUCGCUUGUUCCGGCGGCGCGGUGGUGUUACGGGACGAGGCCUUGGUGCAGUUGAUUCUCGGCGCCGAGAUUUUUGGCUAUGCGGAAAUUCUGACCGACUUCGUCGACCGAUUGGCGUCGGAGUUAGAAACGCAGACCAUUCUGACGGUCGCGCAGACGGUGUUUCUCGGGUGUUACCUGAAAAAAGCCGCACUUCGGCAGGAGUCGUACUGGCUGUUGCGACACUACAUCACGCACGGUGCGCCAGGCCUGUACAUCGGAACCCAAACCCCGAGCAGCACUGCGACGUCCUCAUCGGCUGCACCAAGUAGUACAGCCACCUCGACGGCGGGGACUUUGGCGGGAAAGCUGCUGUCCACGUUUGGCGCGGAUACUACAGCAGCUACAGGCAGUGUGGUGUCCAACAAUGAGUUCGAUUACAACGCACCGAAUCACCACCACCACCAACAAGACCCCUCGAUCCUGGCUUUGUCGAAGACGAGAAAAACCUACAAUGCGAACAACGGAGUUUGCAAUGUGUUUUACGACGGUGGAUUUUUGAAGUUCUCGGAAAUCAACAUCGAGAUUUCGAAAAUUUGGAACGACUUCGAAAAGUUAGAGAAGAAGGAAAAAUUGCAGCACGCGCAACCAGCGCCCGGGUUUUCGCUUUGCAAGAUCCGGGUUUUGCGGGACGGAAAAGACAUCUACCCACAGGUUUACCAGCUAUUACGUGACCACGACGACGAGCUGUUGUUGCAGGCAAUCAAGGAGUAUCAACUGCAAAUAUGCCUGCUGGGUGUGGAAGAUUGUAUUGCAGGUUUUGCAUGGUCAUGGACCAGAAGGUCUGGCAUGCAGGGAGUAGCAUCACAGGUUCUGCAAGGGCUUUGUGAUGCCUCUUCUGCAUGAGAAAUCUGCUUGCAGCGUGGCCAAAAAUGGACAGUUUUUGCUACCGGUGCAUGACAGAUUUUUGUCCGACUGGCAGAGAGCAUCACAAGUUUGCACCUUUCCAGAGGACCCAGGAGACAUUUUUGCAAUGCAUAAAGAGUCCGACAACGGCGCGAUCCGCAUCUACAGCUGCAGUAAGAAGUGGACGAGCAGCAAAACUACAUCAAGUGCGACGAGACCGUCGUCCUCCAGCGCUGCGACAGCCCAGCCGGCAAUGCCAAGCAAGAGUGGUGGCCAGAACUUUGGCACCAGGAGUCUCGACGAGGAUGAGGAUGACCUCUCGUCCUGGGCGGCAGAUUUGUCGAGUUCAUCGUCGACCGCCGCCCCUGCGGCUGCAAACCUAGAAAGGUGUAGCGCUGGUGGUGGUGACGAAGCAGCCGCAGCUACUGCUACAAUUUCCGGUACAAACAGGACGAGUGUUGACCACGAGGAAAGCUGCGGGAUGCGAACGGAGAUGGAGGGCUGGAGCGUCCGGGACUUUGCAAGGCAUUUCGUCGGGGAAGUGCGGGUGAACUUCUGGGGAACGAAAUUCGAGGUACGGAUAAUAUUUUUUUGUGUUGCUAGUGCUACAACAACUUGAUCACGAUUUGUAGAAGAAACUGAAACCUGUAUACGUUUUCUUGUUUGAUGGCACCGAACACAAAAAGCAAUCAAGCGAUCUCAUAAACACGAAAUCAACAGCUGAUCGACUACACCUACGCCAGCCCGGCCGGCAGCGCUCCCGCCCCCAACGGCAUGCCCCCGAGCGGGAGACGGUUCGAUCUGGGUUUUGAAGUCAACUUGCAGGGCUGCGUACCGUAUGAAUUGUAAAAAUGUCUGGGUCUGGAAGUAGAGUGCCAGGCUUGUCAUGCGGGUUUUCCAUGACCCAUGAGGUCUGCUAUGUAGGACAUAGCAUGACAGAUUUUGUGAGAGUUCUAUCAUGCCUAUCCUGCAUGAGAAACUCCCUCCAAACUUGGUCGAAAGUGGACUGUUUUUGGCACUCAUGCAACACAGAUUUCUGCAUGAUUCAGAUUUAGCAUGACAAGUUGCAAUCUUCCAGACCCAGACAUUUUUGCAAUCCAUAUACCGCGGAAGAUCACCUGUAAGUUUCAUCACGCGCCGGUGAAAGAGGUGGAAGAGGGCGAGGAGUCAGGUAUGUUGAAUGCGGUUUCUGCAUGACGAAUCAUAAACUUUUUGCUGAAACCUCUUCAGCAUCAUAAGUUGGUGAAAUUUGUGAUGCUUUUUGUACAUGAUAUGCGGGAAAUUUGUACUGCACAUUCAUAAACAGCCUCCGCCUCCAGCAGCGGGUUUUUCUUCAGCUCGAACCCAGCGCCACGCCCAUCGGCGCCAAGAACCACUUCUAACCCACAAGAGAGCACCUCCAGAAGCACGGAAACUUACACCAACAUCGAACCGCGCUGGAACGAGAAGCAGGGGAGCUACGUACUCCCCUUCUAUGGCCGUGUGAAGAAGUCUUCCGCGAAAAACUUCCAGCUGGUGGAGGGUUCGAAUGAGAAAGAAAUCCUGUUGCUGUUCGGCAAGAUCAAACGGGAAUGGUUCGCGUUGGACUUCCGGCACCCGCUGAGCCCGCUAGACGCGUUCGGGAUCGCAAUCGCGUCCUUGGCGAAAAAACGGGCGGUGAAUUAG